AACGCGGACGGAUAUUGACAGAUGACUCAUACAGACUCCGGUAUAAAAAUUGUGUUUACGUGUACUGCGGUAGAUCUUCAGCGGAAGCCGAAAGGAAGAAGUACUACACAAGCAAGCUGAGAACUUUGUCCUGCGUUUUUUCACAGCAAAAAUAUGCAGAUCUUCGUUAAGACCCUCACUGGCAAGACCAUCACUCUUGAGGUUGAGCCAAGCGACACCAUUGAGAAUGUGAAAGCUAAAAUCCAGGACAAGGAAGGCAUUCCCCCAGACCAGCAGAGGCUAAUCUUUGCCGGCAAGCAGCUGGAAGAUGGCCGCACCCUCUCUGAUUACAAUAUCCAGAAAGAAUCAACCCUCCAUCUUGUCCUGCGUCUGAGGGGUGGCAUGCAGAUCUUCGUCAAGACCCUCACUGGCAAGACCAUCACCCUGGAGGUUGAGCCUAGUGACACAAUUGAGAAUGUCAAGGCCAAGAUCCAGGACAAGGAAGGCAUUCCCCCAGAUCAGCAGAGGCUGAUUUUUGCUGGCAAGCAGCUGGAAGAUGGACGCACCCUCUCAGACUACAAUAUCCAGAAAGAGUCCACUCUCCAUCUGGUGCUGCGUCUGAGGGGUGGCAUGCAGAUCUUCGUCAAGACCCUCACUGGCAAGACAAUCACUCUGGAAGUUGAGCCAAGUGACACCAUUGAGAACGUGAAGGCCAAAAUCCAGGACAAGGAAGGCAUUCCCCCAGAUCAGCAGAGGCUGAUCUUUGCCGGCAAGCAGCUGGAAGAUGGCCGCACCCUCUCUGACUACAAUAUCCAGAAAGAAUCAACCCUCCAUCUGGUCCUGCGUCUGAGGGGUGGCAUGCAGAUCUUUGUCAAGACCCUCACUGGCAAGACCAUCACCCUGGAGGUUGAGCCAAGUGACACAAUUGAGAAUGUCAAGGCCAAGAUCCAGGACAAGGAAGGCAUUCCCCCAGAUCAGCAGAGGCUGAUCUUUGCCGGCAAGCAGCUGGAAGAUGGCCGCACCCUCUCUGACUAUAACAUCCAGAAGGAGUCCACCCUCCAUCUGGUCCUGCGUCUGAGGGGUGGCAUGCAGAUCUUUGUCAAGACCCUCACUGGCAAGACCAUCACCCUGGAGGUCGAGCCAAGCGACACCAUUGAGAAUGUCAAGGCCAAGAUCCAGGACAAGGAAGGCAUUCCCCCAGAUCAGCAGAGGCUGAUCUUUGCUGGCAAGCAGCUGGAAGAUGGCCGCACCCUCUCUGACUACAACAUCCAGAAGGAGUCCACCCUCCAUCUGGUCCUGCGUCUGAGGGGUGGCAUGCAGAUCUUCGUCAAGACCCUCACUGGCAAGACCAUCACUUUGGAGGUCGAGCCCAGUGACACCAUUGAGAACGUGAAGGCCAAGAUCCAGGACAAGGAGGGCAUUCCCCCAGAUCAGCAGAGGCUGAUCUUUGCUGGCAAGCAGCUGGAAGAUGGCCGCACCCUCUCUGAUUACAACAUCCAAAAGGAGUCCACCCUCCAUCUGGUCCUGCGUCUGAGGGGUGGCAUGCAGAUCUUCGUCAAGACCCUCACUGGCAAGACCAUCACUCUGGAGGUUGAGCCAAGUGACACCAUUGAGAAUGUCAAGGCCAAGAUCCAGGACAAGGAAGGCAUUCCCCCAGAUCAGCAGAGGCUGAUCUUUGCUGGCAAGCAGCUGGAAGAUGGCCGCACCCUCUCUGAUUACAAUAUCCAGAAGGAGUCCACCCUCCACCUGGUUCUGCGUCUGAGGGGUGGGCAGUGUGCAGACAUGCAGAUCUUUGUCAAGACCCUCACUGGCAAGACCAUCACCCUUGAGGUUGAGCCCAGUGAUACUAUUGAGAAUGUCAAGGCCAAGAUCCAGGACAAGGAAGGCAUUCCCCCAGAUCAGCAGAGGCUGAUCUUUGCUGGCAAACAGCUGGAAGAUGGACGCACCCUCUCUGACUACAACAUCCAGAAAGAGUCCACCCUCCAUCUGGUCCUGCGUCUGAGGGGUGGCAUGCAGAUCUUUGUCAAGACCCUCACUGGCAAGACCAUCACCCUGGAGGUUGAGCCCAGUGAUACUAUUGAGAAUGUCAAGGCCAAGAUCCAGGACAAGGAAGGCAUUCCCCCAGAUCAGCAGAGGCUGAUCUUUGCUGGCAAGCAGCUGGAAGAUGGCCGCACCCUCUCUGACUAUAACAUCCAGAAGGAGUCCACCCUCCAUCUGGUCCUGCGUCUGAGGGGUGGCAUGCAGAUCUUUGUCAAGACCCUCACUGGCAAGACCAUCACCCUGGAGGUUGAGCCAAGUGACACCAUUGAGAAUGUCAAGGCCAAGAUCCAGGACAAGGAAGGCAUUCCCCCAGAUCAGCAGAGGCUGAUCUUUGCUGGCAAGCAGCUGGAAGAUGGUCGCACCCUCUCUGACUACAAUAUCCAGAAGGAGUCCACCCUCCAUCUGGUCCUGCGUCUGAGGGGUGGUCAAUAAAUGAUUCCAUGCCUGUACUUGAUCUACAUGACAGCCUAACACAAUAAAAGAUGAGAGAUU